UUAGUGUCCGCCGGCGAGUUUGUGUUUCACGAUCUUCUUCAAGCUUCCAUCGUCGCCGUAAGGUGGUGCUUUUGGUCAAACUCGUGGAUAUGUUAGAAUUGUAUUCAGUUUGUGGUGAGUGGCAACAAAAGGUGAAUGGGGGAUGGCAUUUUGUUUUGGAUUCGCAAAAGGGAGGUUCCCUUAGUGAAGUCGAUGAGAAUGUGACGUUUAAAACUUUGGCUGAGAUGGUAAUAGAAGAUUUCGGACUAGAUUGUGUGAUCACAGAGCUAAAACUUAGCUAUGCACUCUCUCCAAGUUUGAAAAUGAAAAAUCCUCCACCUUUGUAUUUGCGAAAUGAUCGUCAAGUUCAAACUUUUAUCAGGAAGGUUCAAGAAGACUUUAAAUUUAACCGUUUGUGUGUUACGGUGUGUCAGCCUAUUGAGAAUGUUGAGAGCAACAUUCAGAAUAAUUUUUCAGAGACCAACCAAUGUAAAGACAGUUUGCUACUUUCGAAAGGUGUUGCAUCUUCUUCCUCCGGUUUUUCACAACUAAAGGUGUGUCAGCCUAUUGAGAAUGUUGAAAGCACCAUUCAAAAUAAUUUUUCAGAGACCAACCAAUGUAAAGACAGUUUGCUACUUUUGAAAGGUGUUGCAUCUUCUUCCUACGGUUUUUCACAACUAAAGGCUAAUCAGAAAUCUAGUGAUACUGGCAUCCCAACUUCAGUAUUACAAAGUGAUACUUUGUCAACUGCUGAACAAAGAUUUCCUGAUUGUAUUCCAAUAGGUUAUACUCAUCACACUUAA